UACCAGGAAGCACUUCAAAACCUAUCAAGUGCAUUCUUGUGUUUGAAGUUUCAUAGUUGACACUGCUUUAUUGCCUUUUUUUGGCUCUUUGAAAGGCAUUGGAUCAUGCACUUUGGAGUGUUUGCUAAACCUUGAAUGCAUUUUCUCAAAGCUCACAUGUGGUUUAAUCCUUCUGGGUGCUUGAUAUUUUUGUGUUUCUUCUUCAAUCAAUCCCACUUGUUUUGAGUCUUCACACCAUCUUCACUAGAAGUUGAGGAAAACCAACAUCAUGUAAUUGAUUUGGUCAUUUAGAGUUGGCUAUAUAUUCUUGACCCUUUUGAGUGCUUUUAGUCCUUGAGUCUAAUAGAGAAGGAAGAAUACACACUGCCUGAAUUCUUCAACGGUAGGACCAUGGAGGAGACAUUUGUACCCUUUCAGGGAAUCAAGAAUGACCUUAGAGGAAGAUUAAUGUGUUACAGACAAGAUUGGACUGGUGGCUUUAGAGCAGGCUUCAGGAUUUUGGCUCCCACCACAUAUAUCUUUUUUGCUUCAGCAAUACCGGUCAUCUCAUUUGGUGAACAACUGGAGCGAGAUACGGAAGGAACUCUGACAGCAGUUCAAACCUUGGCAUCCACUGCCCUUUGUGGGGUUAUACACUCAAUCAUUGGAGGUCAACCCUUGUUGAUUUUAGGUGUUGCAGAACCCACUGUGAUUAUGUAUACUUUCUUGUUUAGUUUUGCCAAAGGGAGACCAGACUUGGGUCGAAAUCUGUUUGUAGCAUGGGCUGGAUGGGUGUGUGUCUGGACAGCAUUCCUGCUGUUUUUACUUGCUAUCUUGGGAGCUUGCUCCAUUAUCAAUAGGUUUACCCGUGUAGCAGGAGAAUUAUUUGGUCUGCUAAUAGCAAUGCUCUUCAUGCAGCAAGCUAUAAAAGGGCUUGUAGAUGAAUUUCGCAUCCCAAAGAGAGAAAAUCCAAAUUUAACUGAGUUCAUACCUUCAUGGAGAUUCGCAAAUGGCAUGUUUGCUUUGGUUCUGUCAUUUGGCCUUCUGCUAACAGCAUUAAAGAGCAGGAAGGCAAGGUCAUGGCGGUAUGGUUCUGGUUGGCUUCGAAGCCUAAUAGCAGAUUAUGGUGUACCACUCAUGGUUGUAGUCUGGACAGCUGUUUCUUACAUACCAUCCAGCAGUGUUCCGAAAGGGAUCCCACGGCGACUCUUCAGCCCAAAUCCAUGGUCACCUGGUGCAUAUGAGAAUUGGACAGUCAUUAAGGAUAUGAUGGAUGUUCCUGUUCUCUACAUAAUUGGAGCUUUCAUUCCUGCAACAAUGAUUGCAGUGCUUUACUAUUUUGACCAUAGUGUAGCCUCUCAACUAGCUCAACAGAAGGAGUUCAAUUUGAGAAAGCCAUCUUCUUACCAUUAUGACCUACUUCUUUUGGGGUUUUUGACUUUAAUAUGUGGUCUUCUUGGAAUCCCCCCAGCCAAUGGAGUUAUACCUCAAUCUCCAAUGCAUACAAAGAGUUUGGCUACUCUCAAACACCAGUUGCUUCGCAACAGACUUGUUGCAACAGCCCGCAAAAGUAUCAGAAAAAAUGCUAGCUUGGGACAGCUGUAUGGGAAUAUGCAAGAAGCCUAUCAUCAAAUGCAGACCCCUUUGGUUUACCAGGAGCCCUCAGCUGGGGGACUGAAGGAAUUAAAAGAAUCAACCAUUCAAGCAGCUACGAGUAUGGGAAAUAUGGAUGCUCCAGUAGAUGAGACACUGUUUGAUGUUGAGAAGGAAAUUGAUGAUUUGUUGCCUGUUGAGGUAAAGGAGCAGCGUGUCAGUAACAUUCUUCAGUCUUUAAUGGUGGGAGGAUGUGUUGCAGCCAUGCCCUUCCUCAAAAAGAUCCCUACCUCAGUUCUUUGGGGCUACUUUGCAUUCAUGGCCAUCGAAAGUUUACCUGGGAAUCAAUUCUGGGAAAGAAUCUUAUUGCUCUUCACUGCACCUAGCAGAAGAUACAAAGUCCUUGAGGAAUACCAUGCCACUUUUGUGGAAACAGUGCCUUUCAAGUCAAUUGCAAUGUUCACCAUUUUCCAAACAACUUAUUUGCUUAUAUGCUUUGGACUUACAUGGGUUCCAAUUGCUGGACUUAUGUUUCCUUUGAUGAUCAUGCUUUUGGUUCCUGUAAGACAGUACUUUCUGCCCAAGUUUUUCAAAGGGGCUCAUCUUCAAGACUUGGAUGCUGCAGAGUAUGAAGAGGCACCAGCUUUACCAUUUAACCUUGCAUCGGAGGCAGAGUUGGGUGCCAGAGCUUCUGCGCAUGCAGAUGAAGGAGAGAUUUUAGAUGAAGUUAUCACAAGAAGCCGUGGAGAGUUCAGGCAUGUGAGUAGUCCUAAGAUCACAAGCACCACUGCAACACCAGCAAAUGACCCUAAAAGCCUUCAGAGCCCACGCCGAUCAUACAGUCCACGUGUCAGUGAACUGAAAGGGGUGCCUAGUCCCCGGUCAAGUGGUAGAGGACAACACAGUCCAAGGACUGGAGAAGUGAGAUCAUCUCCUUUAGGAAAGAGUCCUAUUGACACAGUAUAAGAAUAGGGGGAAGAGUGAUUUAUUUAUCCUUCUGUAAGAUGUUUUCAAUUGCUUGGUUUCCCUAUUGCCUUUCUGCUGUGUUGUUUUGUUCUUGACAUUGUAAAGUCUUCCUUUCUUUCUGCUCCCCUACUUCAAGAGGAGAUAUAUAACCAUAGAAUUGUGUCACUUCCUUGUAAUCGAUAUACUAGGGAAAUGUGUUGUUGUAUGAGUGUUUUUUUUUUUAAAUU